UAUGUGUUUCUUCUUUAUUAUUUAGAAAAAUAACAAAAAAAAAAUAAAUAAGCACUUAAGAAAGAACUAUCUGCGUCAAGAAAAAAAUGUCAUGUUUGGGAUUUCUUUUGAUUUUACUUCACAUUAUGUUGGCUAUGGGUGUGCAGGUUCUCACUCGUCAAGAAUACAAACAAUAUGUAAAAGAAGGACAAUGGGAGACGCCAGCAUGUAUACUCUUCCAUAGCAAUGAAUCGCACAUAUUACGGAGGUAUUCGAACAUAUUCAUGAAAAAAAAGAAUGACAUCAAAUUCUUUACAGUAGAGAAACACUUGAUCAGUGAUCAAAAAGUUUUCCCCUUUGCUAGAUGUUAUAUUGGUCAAAGUACACAAAAGGAUUUUGUGUUUAAAAACAAAAGGAAGGGAUUUUUGAAAUGGAUAAACUCAUUGGAUACUAUCUUACCAUACAAACUGCUGAUGGAUCCUAACCUUGAGAAGUUGUCGGUCAAAGAUGAUGUUUUUAUGCUUGUGAUGAUACCUGGAAUUUUUAACUUUGAAAGUUCCGAGAAGCUAUUAAAAGAGGUGAUGGAGAGUAAUGAUGGCAGCCUAAAAGUUGACGCAUACAUGGUCCCACCAGACACUGAAUGUGAAAGAAAGUUGUUUAAAAAACAGAUGGUCUCAAUAUUCCCAUCCGGAUUGUUGUUCCAUAGAAACAGAGCUCACAAACGCGCUGAACUUGUUAAAGAAUUUGUUGGCUCACACGAAGUCACUGCAGUGUUUAUAAAGCUGUAUUUACUUGUGGAGAAAAUGAAAUUGCUCGUUGUGUCUGCAGAGCAGUUCGAGCUCUAUACAAACUUCAAACAUUACGUCGAAUCACCCAUUUUAUUGUAUAUAUACUCAUCACAAUCUGAGAGCUCGUACGUAGGACUUCACGCUUUUCACCGCACGUUGUCGGAAUUUUCAAUGAAGAAAAGAGCUGUUCAGUUUGGUAUAUUUGAUAUAUCUGAACGCCUUAAUGGUCAUGCGUUGGAGAGAAAUGUUAAAGUGUCUGUGUCUUCGAUUCCGUUUGUUUUGUGUGUUUACCAACAUGGAAAAGGUUCCAGUAAAAUCAGACAAAAUUCCAUGAAAGAUAACUCCAUUCCUACAAUACAUGCAGUGGAAUUAUUUCUUCAAACACUUCAGCUGAUGCCUUCGUUGAAGAGGAAAGGGAUUCCACAUUUUGAGAUGUGUGCAUCAAACAUUACUGAUGUUUGUAUGGCUGGGGAUGAAUUCAAUGCAGAAAACAUUGUCGUAGAGAAAACAAGAAAAAUAAAGACACGUGCUGUAAAGCGAAGAAGUAAAUCUGGAGAACUUCGGUAUAUGACUGAAAAAAUGUGGAAUAGAAUAUUCGCAACUGAAAAACCAUCAAAAUAUCAUUUUUCUAAACGUGAAAAUGUUUUCUCAGAAAGCAGAUUGUUGUUGGUCAUUUUCAUUCGCGAGGGUUGUUCAUUCUGCGAUAUUGCUAUGUCAGAGUUUCGAAGAGUGGCAAAAGAAGUUGCUUACUUACCGAAUUUAUCCGUGUACCUAAUGAACUGCACAGAAAACACACUGCGAUGCAAGCAGCUCUCCAUCACUGGCUUUCCAACAUUACUUUUGUUUCGAGUGGUUUCAGCUUAUGAACACAAGCAGUGUCUGCCAGCUGAAUAUUUCCUUCAACCUGCUGUUACUGAUUACCAUGGAAACUUCGAGGCUGAUGAAAUUUUAACAUGGUUAUCUGCUUCCACCCUGCCAGUGAUUACUUUUCCAGAGGCGCAACAAAAUAUUUCGGCAGAAUGGAAGGAACGAAAUAUCCGUUUAAAAGCGAGGCUGUUUUCCAAAGCAUUCGCGUCGAGAUACCUCCCUCGGAGUAUUAACAAUAAGUUGCUGCCGUUAAAAUGUUUCCUUGUGAUGUGCGAAUUACUGUAUGCGCAAGUCUCCUGCGUUGGUCUGCCUGAAGACAACACUCUCCUCCACAGAGAUGAAAAAGAACUCGUGGUGUCUUCGGUUGAGUUUGAAAGACGGGAUGGUGCAAAUGUUAUGUUGUUCAAAACUGGUGUUCCAAUGAAGAGAAGUCUCACUGAGGAGGAGAGCGCAGGAAGCUCAUUCUUCCAUCACACUCACAGGUACAACAUAUCGUCAACUUUUCGAUGCGAAGAUAAUCAUGUGAAGUGUGACCACAUUAUGAUGGAAUUCAUAAAUGACCAUGCUCACAUGCCCGUCACUCAUAUCAAUACUGGGAUGUUUCACUCACAUCAAAAAGGUAACAGUUAUUUGGGUAAAAAGCCCAUUUUAAUGUCGUUGGCACAUUCUAAGAACAUCACGCAGCAUUCGAAGUUCUACCAGCAAUUGUAUGACGUGGCAGUAAAAUUGUACAAAGAUGUCAACGUAGCUGUACUUGAUGUUGAUCAGCAUCCUCAUUGGGCGAAUUUAUUUGUACCACGUGGAUACUAUAGCCAAUCAUAUGCUUCGAACGAUGACUUUAAGUUGCAUCGGUACCCUCGCUUUUGUUUGAUUGAUAUCGACGAUCAUCGGCACGCCGCAUUUUAUCCCACAAUAGAAGAAGACGGUAAGGGCAGAAUAAAAAUCGCGCAUGCGCAUAUAACAGGUACGAUCAACGUGAACGAACUCAUUGCUUUUGUAAACAAAUAUUUUUCCAAUCGUUCUGUCGUUACCAUGGAAACAGAGCAUUUCUAAAAUCGAAUUACUUUUGUAUAUUUUGAUUCUGUAAUUUAUUACUUUUUGUAUAUUGUGUGAUUUACAUAUUUAUUAACUCCUGUGA